AGUGAAACGCUUCAUAGGUUGUUGCCAACCGCCGAAGAAGAAACCGUCCCUUAUUAUUUCCGGUCCAAACUUGACUAAAAUAGGCUGCAACCUGUUAGCGUGAAAAUCCCCUUUUUUCAUUCAAUUGAUAUUAAAUAAUGUCUAUCUUGAUUAAUGUUGCGGUGAUCACGUUUUUAUAUUUUCAGCGAGCGAACUGACAGUGGAUUUACAUUUCAUUAUAAGUUUCAUUUUUUUGCGUUAUAAAUACCAUCUGCUAGCGCCGUUAGCAAGUUAACUAGCCGCCUGCAGUGCAAUGGUGUAGUUGAUGUUUUAAAUAACUUGGGACGACUCAUUCUGGAUCGUUCAUGGCAGCUCGGCACCCCUUCGCAGAUACGGAUACUUCCGAUGAAGCAGUGAGGGCGACCUGUGACGACGCCACUACGUGUAAAAGGUAUGCCAUUAGUAAAGGCUACUGGAAAGACCCUUACAUCCAAUAUUUUGUCAGAUCAGUGGGUGAGCGGAAGGCCCCUGAAAUCAAUAGAGGUUAUUAUGGCCGUGUUAAAGGUGUCAACUAUCUCCUUGAUGCAUUCAUAAAGAAAACAGAAUGUGACUGUCAAGUAAUCAACCUAGGUGCCGGCUUGGACACCACAUUCUGGAGACUCAAGGAUGAAGACCUCUUGCCCAAGAAGUAUUUUGAAGUUGACUUUUCUACUGUUGUGGCCAGGAAAAUCCACUAUAUAAAGACAAAACCACAUUUAUCCAAGCCUAUCAUUGAAACCCAUUCAACAGAUUCCUUGCUACUUGAUGCACACAGCCUUGACUCAGAUCGAUAUUGCAUCAUCGGUGCAGACCUCAGAGACAUUGCCACUUUGGAUGAAAAAGUGAAGAAGUUCCAUCUUAACCCAGAGUUGCCCACAUUGCUGCUUUCAGAGUGUGUGCUGGUCUACAUGACGCCAGCUCAGUCAUCCAGUUUAGUUCAUUGGGCCGCAGACACCUUUCACACUGCCAUGUUCAUUAACUACGAACAGUCUGUCCAGGUGAACAUGAGCGAUCGUUUUGGGCAGGUGAUGAUAGAGAACCUGCAGCGACGUCAGUGCACACUGGCAGGGGUCGAGGUCUGCAGAUCUCUGGACUCUCAGAAAGAUCGAUUUCUCAGGUCUGGCUGGGAACAUGCCAACGCACUGGACAUGGUGGCGGUCUACAGUAUGCUUCCGCAGGAGGAUGUGGCAAGAAUCGAACGGCUGGAGUUCCUCGAUGAGAAGGAGCUGUUGCAGCAACUCCUUCAACACUACAGCAUCUGCUGGGCCACUAAGGACAAGCUCAGUCUGGGUCUGUCACAGUUGGCGUUUUGACUGAAACUCCACUUCAGCACUGGAUGAGUUGGAGAUGUUUUACGGAAAAGUAGUAGUCUGGAUUUCACAUGUAUCAUUGACUUCUUUGUGAAACGAGCCUUGUUAUGAACACCUGUGAAGAGGAUUUGGUGUUUUGUUUGCUGUUGCAGACAACAAUGAAACCUCUUCGCAUUUAAUUUAUUAACAUACUUCUCCAUGUGUGAGAAUAAAAGAAUGUCAAAGGUU